UAACUAUCUGAUCGUUUGGAUCAUUCGCGGUAUCUCCACAGUAUCAUUUUAUUCACCGUGCGGGCUUAAAUAAACGUACCUCGAGUUGUCGUAUACACGCUGAUGAUCAGGAAAAAUUUAAAUUCCGAUUUCGCGAAAUUGGAAACGCUAAGUUGAGACAGGUAUACAAGUGUUAUCGACGCUGUAAAUACAAUAACUGGACAUCGAUUAAAUUAUGACGAAAACCGAGGUGAUUCCAUCAAGACGAUUCGUACAAGUGUCGAUCCCAAAUUUUGAGCCGUCAGAACAAUGGCGAAUUAUAAGGAAUAUUCUAGCGAUUGGUUGUGCUUUUAUGGUGAAUUUUACUUCCUUUAUGGGAGCCUCGAAUUUACAGAGCUCUAUCAAUGCGGAUGAAUCGCUGGGUACAUUUACUUUAUCGGCGAUUUACGGCAGUCUACUCUUCAGCAACAUUUUUCUACCCGCUCUUAUCAUAAGUUGGUUAGGAUGCAAGUGGACAAUGUGUGUUUCCAUAUUGGCUUAUAUGCCUUUCAUAGCUUCUCAGUUUUACCCAAAAUUUUAUACGAUGAUUCCCGCCGGAUUAUCGGUCGGAUUAGGCGGAGGACCGCUUUGGUGCGCGAAGUGUACUUAUCUAACUGUGGCAGCAGAAGCUUACUCAACCGUCUCAGAUAUAUCCGCGAAUGUUCUUGUCACAAGAUUCUUUGGCCUCUUCUUCAUGUUCUAUCAAAUGGCGCAGGUGUGGGGAAAUUUUAUAUCUUCAGCAGUUCUUUCCUAUGGAAUCGAGACGGUUACCAGUAAUGUAACUCUGAACAGUAGUGUUAUGGUAGAAAAAUGCGGCGCAAAUUUCUGUGGAGUGUCUAGUGUGAAAGACGAAAACCCGAAUCUGCAAUCAUCUCCUAUAGAAAGAAUAUAUCUAAUUUCCGGGAUUUAUUUAGGCUGCAUGAUAUUAGCUUGUCUAAUAAUUGCGUUCGGCGUUGAUUCCUUAUCCAGAUACGAUCGAAGCAGAACCCGCUCGGUGAAAGGAACGUCUGGAUUUAAACUACUGGCCGUGACAUUAAAGUUGUUGAAAGAGAAGAAUCAACUUUUAAUAUUGCCAAUAACAUUGUUCAUUGGAGCUGAACAGGCAUUUUUAUUUGCCGAUUACAACGCAUCAUUCGUUUCUUGCGCUUGGGGGAUUAGCAAUAUCGGUUACGUAAUGAUAUGCUUUGGUGUCACAAAUGCUAUAGCUGCGCUCACUACAGGAUCUAUCGUGAAGUUGACGGGAAGAAAGCCCGUAAUGUUUUUCGCUUUUUGUUUGCAUUUAAGUCUUUUCAUCUUUAUGUUGCGAUGGAAACCGACGCCAGAACAAGGCAUUAUUUUCUUUCUGGUGUCAGGUUUAUGGGGUGUGUGCGAUUCGAUCUGGCUGGUACAAAUUAAUGCAUUGAGUGGUAUAUUAUUUCCUGGUCAAGAGGAGGCGGCUUUCUCCAACUUCCGCCUGUGGGAGUCCACUGGUUCAGUGAUAACGUACGUGUAUAACCCGUAUCUGUGUACCUUUACGAAAUUAUAUCUCUUAAUCGGAAUAUUGUGUGCUGGAAUGAUCGGUUAUGGCAUUAUCGAGUGGUCAGGUAAAACGGACAGAGCUGUUCCUGACGACAAGCCUGAUUUUGAAUUAGUUAAUAGAGUUGACUAACAAAUUUGAAUAAUAAAAUUUUCUAACGAAGAUAUUAAGCAACAAAAUAUAAAAGUAAUUUUAGCGUAA